UGUGAACUUCGAAGGAAGUUUCCGGUUCUGUAUCGCGUGGAGUUUCAGACAGCAAUAAAGACAACAGAAGCACAGCAAUGUAGGCAUGCCAUGAAGCCAACGAACAGAGAAAAGAAUCAAAACCAAAAGUGUAUUCCAUAUGACUACAACAGGGUGGUGCUGGAUUCGAUACCGGGUGAGCCCGAUUCGGAUUACGUAAAUGCAUCGUACGUCGAUAGUUUAUUAAAGCCCAACGCCUACAUCGUGACUCAGGGUCCCACGGAAAACACCGUAACUGAAUUCUGGCGCAUGGUUUGGCAGGAAAAGGCAUCAUGUAUAGUCAUGCUCACAAAAACCUUCGACUUCAUCAAGGUUAUGUGCGUUCAAUACUGGCCACCAAACAAAGAAAAGAAUGAAGAAUAUGGAGGGAUUGGCGUUUCGGUAUUAAAUGAAGAAGAACUGGCAAAUUUUCACAUACGAACAAUAAGGCUGUACAAGAUGGAUGAAAAUGGGCAAGAAGUUACGGAAGAGAGAACGUUACUACAGUUCCACUACACGGAAUGGCAUUCGCAUACAUGUCCUUUUGGAAAUGCCGUUCUCGAAUUUCGUCGAAGAGUAAGAGCUGUUGUAGGAUCCACGAUGAAAAAUGAAACUGGCCCCAUGAUUGUUCAUUGCAACGAUGGUGGUGGACGAUCGGGAGUUUAUUUAGCGAUAGAUGCAAAUAUGGAGCUGGCUGAAGAGGAAGAUAUGUUUGACGUUUUCGGCUAUUUGAAGAAACUCAAAAAAAGCAGAAAAGGUCUCAUAGAAAACCUGGAUCAGUACAAAUUUAUAUAUGACACUUUGGAAGAGUUUGUGAUAUGUGGCACCUCAUGGUUUCCGGUCGCGGAAUUGUCACAGCGACUUAGGCAAAAAAGCAUAAAACAUCCGAUAACCAAAAUGAACGAGUACCAGAGAGAGUAUCAACAAAUAUGCAAGCAAACGCCACGCUUUACGAUAGGUGACUGCGCCGGCGGACAUCGCGGCGACAAUCGAGAAAAAAACAGGGAUGUCCUCGUGGUCCCACCUGACAACUUCCGACCAUAUCUCACAAGUUUCCAGGGAAAUAGUUAUACGGACUACAUAAAUGCUGUCUUCGUUGACGGUUAUACAAAGCCUAGGGAAUAUAUCGUAACAGAGUGGCCACUUCGACACACAUGUGGUGAAUUCUGGUCAUUGGUUUACGAUUACGAAUGUGCGGCAGUCGUAGUUUUGUGUGUACCACCUCCAGCAUCAACCAGUUUUCCUUCAUUCUGGCCAGAGACUAAGCAUUCCAAAAAGUAUGGACCAGUCUUCACGAUAGACCACAUAAGUCAUAAUCAUUACACCAAUAUCAAGACCUGGAAAUUCAGGAUAAACAAGAAAAUCGUUUCCUUGACGGAAUUGAUGGCAGGCGUAAAAGCUCCUCCAAAGACUGUGAAGGUUUUUCAACUGACUUGUUGGCCAAUGGGACACAAGGUUCCAACAUCCACGAAUAGUCUGGUAGAACUGAUGAAUAUGGUGGAAAACUGGAGGCAAAGGACGGAUUAUGGACCAGUUGCAGUUGUUUCUCCAGAUGGCAGAAGUCGUGUUGGGGUUUAUUGCGCCGCCAAUGCCUGCAUCGAACAAGUUAUUCAACAUGGUGAGGUCGACAUUUUUCAAGCAGUAAAGACUGUUCGCAGACAUAGACCUCAACUCGUUGAAAACAUGACGGAAUACAAGUACUGUUACGAUCUGGUUUUACACUACGUGCUGCACUAUCUGAACAAGGAAAUGAACGAGAAAAAGUGA